CUUAAGCGACCAUUAUCACGGAGCCAGAGACUGAGGUGAAAAUUGUUUACGUUGAUGUAAACUCUGGAUCUCGCAGACGGACUUUUACACAUUUUUCCUCUGCCAUGGAAGGCGUAGGGUCAGAGGUCAGCCUUAAGAUAAGGUCUGCAAUCAAAGCAAAACUAGUGGAGCUUGGUACAUAUGUAGAUGAGGAACUACCAGACUACAUCAUGGUGCUGGUGGCGAAUAAGAAGACGAAGGACCAGAUGGACGAUGACCUGAGUCUUUUCCUGGGCCACAAUACUGAGCGCUUCACAUCCUGGCUCCACCACGUACUUCAAAAACUCAAUGCAGCUGCACUUUUGCAAGUCACUACACCACAAACAGAUGACACUAAGAAGAAAGAUGAAGAGGAGAAGAGGAAAGAAAGAGAAGAAGAAAAGAAAAGAGAAAGAGAGGAAGAGAAGAAACGUGACAAGGCAGAAGAAGGUAAGAGAGCCAAAGAGGAGGAGAAGAGGAAGCUAAAGGAGAAAGAAAAGGGAGAGAGGAAAAGAAAGUCUAGUGAGAAGAAGGAUGAUAAGAAGGAGAAAAAACUAAAGAAAUCAGAAUCUCCAGAAUCUCAGGAUAAAUUUAUCAAAGAGAAAAAAUCAGUUGUGGAGCCUGUGAAGCUCACCAGGUCAAAAGAGGUCAGCAAAGAAAAGGAGAACAAGGAAAGAGUCAAAAUAACAGCUCCUCAGGAUGAACCAUCCUUGGAGAAAAGCCAGCCUCCAGUAACCUCUACAGUGAGUUCCACUGGGGGCAAAACCCUCAAGAAGAUCAAGCCGCAGAUGAGGGGCAAAGUAUCGUCGGCAGACAUUUUCCGUGCCGAAGCUGCGGGUGGAGGGGAGACAAUGAAGGAGGAGGAGGAGGAAGAAAUUGAGGAGGACAUGCUUGAGCUUAGAGCAGAUAUUGAUGAAUUGGUUCUCGAACUGGAAGAGGAGCCUGCACCAAGAAAGACCAAAGUUGACCAGAAACAAAAGACUGCAGUCUCGAAACCAGAAGUAAGAGCGGAGGUGAAAGCAGAGGCCAAGGUUGAAUCCAAGGUGGAACUAAAGACAAAGACAAAAUCCAAGGUCGAGCCCUCCAACCCCCCGGUUCGACUGUCUGCUAAGGAGAGACUGGGAACAGCUGUUGCACAAAAGACAGAGCAACCUAAGGAGAAGGUGUCUGUGUUAGAUCGCUUAGGAAGUUCAACGUCUGGUGGUCGUCGUGUGAUCAAUUUGCGAGAGGAAUCAAGUUUCCCACCUCGUCCUGAGCCUUCUUCUACCACAGCCAGUAGUGGCAUGGCUCGUGCUGUGUCUAGUGCCAUAACUUCAGCUCAAAGAUCAGUGUGUGUUUUGCCUUCAUCCACAACUUCAUCUGGUAAAAAGUUAGAGGCCCGUGUGAGACCUCUCAUGUCAAAGCACAUAGAAUCAAGAAAUGAAUCCUCAAGUAGAGAUAGAGAUGGACAGUCAAGAGAGGUUUCAAGCCGAUCGACCUCGAGAGAUGUUCCCAGCAGAGCGACAUCAACAAGGGUAGUGUCAGCUGUAGGAGCAGUCCUAAAAAGACCACAUAGUCAGGUGGAUUCGGAUGAUGAGGGAUAUGAUCCCAAGAAGCCUCAGUUGAGUGGCAUGGCCAGCAAAGUAGAGGUUACUCCAAGGCCUAGACGCCCAGGUGCCAUCCAAGCGAAUACAGCUCUUAUCCUUCGAGCAAUGGCUGAUGCACACAAAUCCGUAAACAGACCAUCAAGGAACUUGCCAACAAAAGCAGAGCCUGUUCAAAAAAAACAAAAGGGUGAGUUGUUUACCCGAGGGUACCGCGAACGAGAACAGGCCCGCCAAAAGGACCUCCCUACUGAAGGUGAACUAAGGGUCAGAAAGAUUGCCAUCACAGUCCCUAAUGCAACAAGGAAGGAGAGUGAAGAGCAGCAAAGAGAUGAAGAAGACAAGGAGGAGAUGAUGCCAGGAAUUACCAGCUCUUCAGAUGCACUGGUGAAGGAAGAAGCAAUGGAAGAUGUUGUUCAGCAGGAGGAAGUCUGUGAUGAAAUGGUUCCUGAAGUUCCUUAUGGUAUGGAAGAGGUUGAGGAAGUUGAAGUUGAGGAGGAGGUAGUUGAUGAAGGAAUUGAGGAGGACCAACCUCUCCCUGGCGCAGACCCCCCACAGCCAGUAGUGCCUCAUGUUGCAGGGAGAGAGAACACCAAGUUCAUAGUGACACUUGAAGGAGUGGAUACCGAUGUUUUUGAGAUGAGAGAUGAUCCUCCUGACAUUCGGUCCCGCCUUGGAGCUCGCCCCAUCCGCAGUGAUAGUCUUGAGGAAGUCGAGGAGUACAUUGAAGAAGUAGAGGAGUGGGAAGAAGAGGAAACUUCAAGUGACAUGACCCGGGGAGGCUCAUUACCUGGUGUUGGGCUAAUAGCAGGUGUCAAACCCCGGCUCAAGAGUGCCAUCUCAGUGUCAUCAGGGCAAGAUGGUGGUGGAGGCAACAAAUUUGAGGAGCGCUGCAGGUACUGGCCUGCAUGCAAAGCAGGAGAUUCAUGUCAGUACCAUCAUCCCACUCUGCCUUGCAUAUCCUUUCCAUCAUGCAAAUUCGGUGAUAAGUGCCUGUACAUACAUCCUAACUGCAUAUACGAUGCGGCUUGCACACGAAGGGGCUGUCCGUACACCCAUGCAAGCACAAGAAGCUUAGCUCUCACAACAGCUGCCGUAAGCAUUAAACACAAAAUACCCCCAAGUAGACCUUCCAAGAUCAAGUGUAAAUACUUCCCAAAAUGCACCAACAUGUCCUGUCCAUUUCUUCAUCCAAAGGCGUGUUUCUAUGGCAUGUCAUGCACCCAGGCCAGCUGCCCCUUCACCCAUCCUGAUGUCACCAUGCGUUCGAAGCUGAAGUGGAUUGCCCCAAAGAGCACAUCGCAAGUCUCGGCAGCAUCUGCGCCAACAGAUUUGAUUAAAAUACAAAACAAAGAAAAGGCUGUAAAAGAAUAGUGUGGCCUUCAGACCACAAAGAAUGAUAGCAAAUUCUAUUUGUAUAUUCUUAAAUCAUCGCUUUGUAGCUGAGUAGCUAUGUAGGUUAUUUAGAUAGAUUAUCAGCUGUAUUUAAUCAGAGUGUUAGGAUUGGUAGAUGUUUGAUAGAUAUAAGUUUUCAGAAUGGUAGAUAUAUCUCUUUCGAAUGUUUGAUGACAAUUCAUUGUCAGGGGAUUAGUGUUGUUGAUAGAUACUAAGAUAAAAUUAUACAUUAGAAUGGCAGUAUUAAAAUAAACACUACCAUUAGGGUUUUCUGAGAAAUGAAAUAGUUUUACUUCUGUAAGUGUAAAGCUAAUGUGGAUAAAGGGAAAGAGAACAAGAGAAGUGAAGAAACAAAAGAAGUGAAAGGAUAGGUCUAAGUCAGAAUAUGGUUAGUUAAAGAAUAUAACUAAUGUUUGUAUUUAGUUGUAAUGUUUGUUGAUGAAUUAAGAAUGGAGGGUGGAAGAAUGUUCAUAGGAUGUAGACUGUGUAAAAGGAUUUCUCUUUUCUCUCCAUAUUCAUUACACAGAUGAGGGUCAUGCCAUAGAUAUGAAGUAAUAUUUCAUUUUUUCAAGAACAGAUAGUGUGUAGUGGCUAUUUUGUAUAUUGCCAUUUUUAAUGAUAUAUGUUGUUAAGUCAAUUUUACAUAGGCUGUGUUGAGGCAGUGAUGUGCUCGUACAGAAUUAAGAAGUUUUUAUCUUCUUAAAAGAUAAUAUCAUGCAAUCAUGUGAAGAUGAACAAAGCUAUCUAAAGAUAUUCAUUAUGUCUUUCUUUAUCUUCUUCUCUUGUCAUCUUCUUCCCCUUCUUAAGGAAUAUAUUAGAACUUAUUUGUGUCAUACAGAGACUUACAAAUUAUGUCAGAGGGUGAAGUAUGAGAGAUAACAUUUUAAAUUUUAGUUGUUAAUGUGCAGAAAUGUUAAGAAUGCUCAAUAUAAUUGAUAGUGCUUUAGCAGCUAAAUCAUUUCCUUGUUUCCUAAGAAUUGACAAUAGUUGGUGUUGAUAAUCAGUUUACCAUAAAAGCUUCCUGUCCAAAACCUCUUGAAAGUCACAUAGCAUUAUUUGAAUGUAAGAUUAGCUGAAUUAUUUUUAAAAAAUCCACCCCACAGUAGGUCUCUCAAGUGAUAUACUAAGUAGUCACAGAUUAGUGACAAGUUUGAGAAGUAUCUUUUGGUACUACAGGUUGAGACAUUAGUGGUAUUAGAUUACUGUUAUAUGCUUUAUAGGAAUCAGUAGAUUAGAAAUAUAAUAAUAUAAUUUUGUAUGAGAGAUCUUGUUAUUCUCAAAGUGAUGUCAUGCCAGGGUUAUUAGUAUAAAGAUAGGCUUUCAUCUCAUUAAGAAAUGAUUCAUCUUCUGAUACUUGUUUCUCCUAACCUUCACUUAUACUUUUAUUUCCUUGAGUCCUUAUAGUAGUUAUCCAGGAUUUUGCAAGUCUCUGUGUUAUGGGUGUUUUAGAAUUCACAAAUCUUAUGGAGUCUUUGCACAAUUAUAAGCCUUUUCUUUUCAUUGUUCUUGUUUUAUUCAGUAGUAUCACACUUAGGUUAGUGUCACUUACAAACUGGUGAAUAAAGAACAAGAAAAGCUUUUUUUAAUUUAUUAAUGAAUGAUGCAUUUUUUGUAGUCAUACAUUCUGUUGUACUGGAAAUAAGUUUCAUUUUUGAAGACAUAAUAUUUAUAAGGAAAAGUAAUUAUAAGUAAAUGAUUGUAGUUUAUCAUAUAGUAUCACAUCCAACAUCUUUCCUAGGGUGUAUUUAAAUAGAACAAAAACAAUUUUGCCAAGUUCUUCAACUCUUGGUUUGUUAAUGAAAAUAAGCUGGUGGAAUACACUACAGCAUUUGUGAAUUUCCCUGUUUUCAAAUAAGUAUAUAUAUUGUGAACUUUUGAGCUUAUUGCAGUAUCUUUUAUGUUGUAAAUUUUCAUCAGAGAAUCUCGGAAGGGAAAGCUUGCUAAAGUAAGUUAUGAAUUAGUUGUUAGUAUUUCAAUGUGUUUUUUCUGUACAUCAAUUACUGGUCAGACUGGUCUCAACAUCCUAUGUUUUUGUCUGUUUACAUAUCUGCAUGAGCAGGAAGUGUUGACUGACUGUUAAGAUACGCAUAAAGAUAUACAGCUAUGUACAUAAUUAAAAGAGACAUAUUUGAACUGUGUAAAUAAUAUGACGUAUGAUUCUGUUGUUCCUGUCAUGGUUAGGGCAAUUAUAAAGUUCACUGGCAUUAAUUAUUUUAGACAAAGUUAAACUUUUUCUGACUUGUUAUUGUGAGUUUGGAGGGAGAGAACAAUGUACUUUUUAUAUUUGCAACAAUAUAAGAUUUUGAUUUUGAUUUCAAGAAAGUGGUUUUCUUUUAUGUUUGAUUACCUCACGUAUGUUCUACAUUGUUUUUGUCUUCAGUUUAUUCUUUUGGGUCUUUUCUUUUUCUGUGUUUUUGUUAUGGGAUACACACUAGAUGGUUUGAUUUUUAUAUAUGCCAAGUACAUUACACUAUUAUGAUAUAUGUACCAGAAAGUUCUUAAAAAAAAUGAUAAGUUUAUGGUUUAUCUAAUAGUUGACCUUCAAAAGUAAAAAAAAAAAAAAAAAAAAAAAAAAAAUAUAUAUAUAUAUAUAUAUAUAUAUAUAUAUAUAUAUAUAUAUAUAUAUAUAUAUAUAUAUAUAUAUAUAUAUAUAUAUUGGACUGUAAAACUUUGACUGUAAUCAGCACUAUUGGUAUGUGUGCUGAAAUGAAGUGAUAAUUUUGUUGGGAUGUAUUGUGUGCAGCACUGAACGUGAUUGUGAUUACAUCAAUGAAGACUUGCACAGAAAUUUCAGUUAUACUUUUUAUUUUAGCAAGUGGAUGAGUAAAUUGUUGAUCCAGUUUCCACAUCACAUGAAAAUUUAUUUUGAUACUAUUUAAAAGGAUUCUUAUUGUUUUGAUAUCUCUUUCUAACAGCUGUUUUUCAAAUGAGAAUGGUAUUUUUAAGAGAUGGUGUAUGUGCUAUCUUUUUGUUUUCAAUUUCUGUGAAUGUAAAAUCAGCAGCUAUACAGCUUAUGGAACAGUGAUGUAAAAUCAACCUACUUAUGUAUAAGAAGGUUGUGUUUGCAUAAUAUUGACAUAUGGUUAGUCAGUACAUUACAUGCACUGUUGAGGAAUCUUAGUAGGAUAAAGUAAGGCAUUUAUUUACCCAUUGUGUAAUUUCAUGAUUGUCAAUUUUAGCUGCAGAUGCUUGUUUAGGUUUGAUUAGGAAAUGGUCAGAGUUCUUCUACUUGUGUUGAGUACUCUUUACUCCUUACUUGUAUUCAGUGACAGCACUUAGUGCUCAUUUUUUACUGUUGCAAAAAUGUGGUUGAGAAGUUGAAGCUCAUUGGCUGAAUGCAACAUUGGUAAAUGGUGUUGUAUGUUGGAUAACUUUCAUAACCAACCAGGUAAUUAUCAAAUGACUGUCAUCUCCAACCUAUCACCCUGUCAAGUGCACCUUUGUCCUAAUAAAAAAUCUAGGUAUAGGGUAAGAUUUUGAUGAAAAUAAUAAAAGACAGGAUUGAUCUGUUGCAAUCAUCAGCAUGUACAAACAUUGCUAACAAGUGUAUGAAUUCCAUGUAAGUUCCUUUUAGCAAAAUUUGUUAAAUGUUGCUUUGGUAUUUUAGGUGAAUAAAAGGAAUAACAACAAUAAUAAUAAU